UCCCUUGCCUUGCAUGGCUCCAUUCAUACAACCGCAUAGCUAGCUCCACCAUGGCGCCACCACCAAGAAACAAGAUCAGACAAGUCAAAAACCAACGACGGGAGCAUCACCAUGGCGACCUCAACCGAGGCACCACCGCUCCUCCUUCCCAUGGCGCUGCUGCUGCUGCUGCUCGCCUCCCUGCACGGUGUCAGGGCCGCGCCCAACACGGCCGCGCUCUCGGUGCUGUGCAACGGCGCGUCGUACGGCGCCGGGGACCCCUUCGCGACGAGCCUGGCGUACGUGCUGUCCGAGCUGCUGUCCGCCACGCCGGCCUGGGACGGCCACGACUUCUACGACAUCUCCCCGUACCCGGCCGCGUUCGCGUACGGGCACGCCGCGUGCCGGGCGGCGCUGACGGCCGCGGACUGGGCGAGCUGCCUCCGAUCCGCCGCGAGCCAGAUGGAUGCGACCUGCGGGCACAGCGUCGGCGCGAGGGCCGUGCUAGUGGACUGCAGCGUGCGCUACGAGCAGUACGCCUUCGUAGAUUAGUUCGUGGCGCUGCUAUGUGCUCGUGCCGGUAUUCGAUUCGUGUUUCAAAUUCAGUCGUGGAACAAGUCUAGUACUACAUGUUUUUUACUUCCUGCAGCUGGCUCUUAGAAUCCUCUAAACCUGUUGCCCAAAAUGUAUGUUCGUGCGUA